GGACGCGCGGAGGCGGCGGCGGCGGCGGCGGCGCCUCCUCCUCCUGCUGGUGCACCCCAUCCCCCCCGCGGCCGGCCGGUUCCAGCCCGUACCCCGCGUCCGUGCCCAGGUCCCCCUCCCCCCCAACACCCUGUCCUGGGCCCAGCCAUGGGCCUCACCGUGUCCGCGCUCUUUUCGCGGAUCUUCGGGAAGAAGCAGAUGCGGAUCCUCAUGGUUGGCUUGGAUGCGGCUGGCAAGACGACGAUCCUCUACAAACUGAAGUUGGGGGAGAUCGUCACCACCAUCCCCACCAUAGGCUUCAAUGUGGAAACAGUGGAAUAUAAGAACAUCUGUUUUACCGUCUGGGAUGUAGGAGGCCAGGACAAGAUUCGGCCUCUGUGGCGGCACUACUUCCAGAACACUCAGGGCCUCAUCUUUGUAGUAGACAGCAAUGACCGAGAGCGGGUCCAGGAGUCUGCUGAUGAACUCCAGAAGAUGCUGCAGGAGGACGAGCUUCGGGAUGCAGUGCUGCUGGUGUUUGCCAACAAGCAGGAUAUGCCCAAUGCCAUGCCCGUGAGCGAGCUGACCGACAAGCUGGGGCUACAGCACUUGCGCAGCCGCACAUGGUAUGUCCAGGCCACCUGUGCCACCCAAGGUACAGGCCUUUACGAUGGGCUGGACUGGCUGUCCCAUGAGCUGUCAAAGCGCUAACCGACAAGGGCAGGCCCCUGCUGCCCAGAAGCUCCCGCGUGCAUCCCCGGGAUGACCAGACUCCCGGAUUCCUCAGGCAGUGCCCUUCCCUCCCACUCUUCCAACCCCCAGACAGGCCUCUGCUCCUGCUCCUGCCUGCAUGUUCUCUCUGUCAUUGGAGCCUGGAGCCUGGCUCUCUGGGCACAGAGGGGUCCACUUUCCUGCCUGCUGGGACCUGUGGAAGGGCUUCCUGGCCAAGGCUCCUUCUUCCAGAGGAGGAGCAGGGAUCUGGGUUUCCUUUUGGGUUUUUUUUGUUUUGGGAUUGUUUUUGGUUUUGUUUUUCUGUUUGGGCUGUACCCUUGGGGCCAGGAUGCAGGGGAAAGUGAGGGCUCCGGGUGGUGCUAUGAUGUGGAACUGGAUAUUGAGUAAUAAAUUUGCUGUGGUUUGUA